GUACAGAGAGAGAGCAGCUCAUAGAAAGCAAGAAAGAGAGAGAGGGACAAUCUCUGGAAGUAUUCCCUGAUUUCCUGGAUACAGUGCAGUGGAAGAGGAGUGUUUUUGCCUGAGGAGUGUUGUUCAGAUUCCCCUGUUGUCUGUCGUGAGAGUUCCCAGCCCAGACCUGACAGUGGAAUCCUUGGGAAAGCUCUCCUGUGAGGAGGGGAUGAAGCCAGACAGGGAGGAGGGGAAACCUGUGUUGUUGCGGGAGGAGGUGGCCCAGCUCCAGGAGGAGGUGCACCUGCUGAGGCAGAUGAAGGACAUGUUGAAUAAGGACCUGGAGGAGGGCCACGGAGGCUGCUCCGCCGACGUGCUCUCGGCCACCGAGCUCCGCGUGCAGCUGGCCCAGAAGGAGCAGGAGCUAGACCGCGCCAAGGAGGCACUGCAGGCAAUGAAGGCGGACCGGAAGCGUUUGAAGGCGGAGAAAGCAGAUCUGGUCAACCAGAUGCAGCAGCUCUACGCCACGCUGGAGAGCCGAGAGGAACAGCUCCGGGACUUCAUCCGCAACUACGAACAGCACAGAAAAGAGAGUGAGGAUGCGGUGAAGGCGCUGGCUAAGGAAAAGGACCUGUUGGAGAGGGAGAAGUGGGACCUACGGCGGCAGACCAAGGAAUCUACAGAGCACUCCGGUGCCCUGCGCUCCCAACUGGACCUGAAGGAGAACAGGAUCAAGGAGCUGGAGGCCGAGCUGGCCAUGAUAAGUAACAAUGUGACACAGAAAAUGGAAUACUGGGUGUUUGAUCGCCCCGUCAACAGGGAGCCUUCCCCUAGGGUCAUGUCGGCAAAACAGUCCUUAGCGACCCUGACCAAGGACGUGCCCAAGCGCCAGUCUCUAGCCAUGCCCACAGAGGCAGUUGUCAACGGCAACAACCAGGAGUGGGUGAUGCACGCGGACCUGCCCCUCACUGCAGCCAUCCGGCAGAGUCAACAGACCCUCUACCACGUCCACACAGGCCACCCCACAGACAGACAAGUGGCUGCAGUCAGGGUGAGCCCAUGUCACUCCCGCCAGCCCUCCAUCAUCUCAGAUGCCUCGGCCUUGGAGGGCGACCGCUCAUCCACCCCCAGCGACAUCAACUCCCCCCGCCACCGGACACACUCCCUCUGUAAUUCACUAGAGGAUCUGGAGGACCAGAAGCGUAAGAAGAAGAAAGAGAAGAUGGGCCUGGGCUCUCUGUCACGCGUCUUCGCCCGGGGCAAGCAGCGGAAGUCAAUGGACCCGGGUCUGUUUGAUGACUCAGACAGUCUCUCAAGCCCCACUCGCCUCAGUCUCAGCCUUUCGGACGGGGAGGAUCAGCUGGACCGCCUCCAGCAGGUGGAGCUUGCCCGUGGCAUGCCCAUGUCGCUGUGGAGGGCGGGCACCGUGCAGGCCUGGCUGGAGGUCGUCAUGGCGAUGCCCAUGUAUAUUCGCGCCUGCUCAGAGAAUGUGAAGAGUGGAAAGGUGCUGCUAGGCCUGUCAGAUGAGGACCUGGAGCUGGGGUUAGGGGUAACCAGCUCUAUGCACCGCAGGAAGCUCCGGCUGGCCAUCGAGGACUACAGGGACGCCGAGAGCGGCAGGGGGCUGUCCAAGGCUGCAGACAUGGACCACCACUGGGUGGCCAAGGCCUGGCUGAGCGACGUAGGGCUGCCGCAGUACUCUCAGGCCUUCCACACACACCUGGUGGAUGGGCGCAUGCUCAACUCUCUGACGCGCCGGGACCUUGAGAGGUCCCUCAAUGUCACCAAGAAGGCCCACCAGGCCAGCCUGGUGCUGGGCAUCGAGCUGCUGCACACACUCCACUUCGAUAAGGAGGCCCUCCAGGCCAGACGGGCUCAGUGUGAGCAUCAGAACCUGGAUCCCGUGGUAUGGACGUGUCAUCGUGUCGUCAAGUGGGUCCGAGACAUUGACCUUAAGGAGUUUGCUGACAGUCUCCAGAACAGUGGAGUUCAUGGUGCUGUCAUGGUGCUAGACCCCUCCUUCAACCCAGACUCCAUGGCAACGGCAUUGGGUAUCCCCGGCAACAAGCACAUGAUUCGCCGCCACCUCACCGAGGAGAUGAAUGUCCUCAUCAGCUCGGCCAGGUCAAGAGGUCUACAGCAAGACCAUGAUAGGCUGGGGACAAUGAGCACCCCGCCCACGCCUCUACGCCACGCCUCCCCACCCACACCCUUACGGCAUGCCUCCCUGGGCCGGCCCACCAGCUCCGCCAGCCGCCACACACACCCGGACGACGAAGGCUCCCUCAGGAGACGGGCCGUCAAGCCUCCUUUAGGGUUCAGCCCCAAAGCCCACAGUGGGCGGGACUUGAGUUGUCAUAGCAGCUACGGCUCACUGCCGAGAGAGGCUUGUGACGAAGCUCCGCCCAGGACAGAGGGGAGUCCAAUCCACAAACACUCGGGCAUUGAGGUCACCAACGUGUGAGGUCAUCGACAUGUGAUGUCAUCGAUGUGUAAUAUGGUGACAGCUGUGUCUACAGUACGGCACAAGACCCCAGUGCUUUGUGGGAUGCCAGACGAGUGAUGUUUACUGUAUUUUUCGAAUGAUGGAGCCUUUGUUGGUCAUAAUACACUAUUUUGGAGAGAGAAGGAAUAUUUUUUUCAUUUAUAGUCUAAGAACAACUCUUUACAUCUCUCACUGGUAUUUGUCGAAUAAUCUGACCUUUGUGAGGACACACGUCUAUCCCAUGGAAACAAACUUAAACUGAAUAGGCUUUUAUUUUUCUAUUUGCAUUAUGUGCAAAGGUUUUUUAAACAGGAAAUGGCUCAGCGAUUAGUUGGUGUUUUGUAGUUCUUAUUGACGACCGGCCUGUUUCGCAAUGAGAAGAGCUAAUGAGGAAAUAUGGUCAUGUGUUUGUGUACAGGGUACUUUCCUGAUUCAAAGCAAACUAACAAAAUAAAACUAUUCAAGUGAGAUUUAUAACAAAUGUCUUUUUGAUGUAUAAUUCAAUCAUGGUGUUACAGAAACUCUCUCAGAUGCCUUGUGAACUGGGACUAUGGACAUUGUCUAAGAUGAAAACUUAAACUUGAAGUUGUAUUAACAAAGAAAAUACUGAAUGUUUGAUAGUCUUUCAGUUGUUAAUUUACACUGUUGUGUCUAAACUAAAAUUAAACACUCCCUCGUGACAUUUGAUACAUUCAAUAAAACCAUUAACAUGG